CGCCACGUCACCACCCCAGUUUUACCCUUUCCACAGUUGUUGUCGGGCGUAAGUCGUGGGAGGACUGCGAUCUGUUCAGCUAUCCAGCCGAAUCUGUUAAAAAAUAAUACAGUGUUGAAAAUGUAAUUAAAGGACGGAUGAGUCCAUUGCUUUAAAGGGGAAUUACACCUAUUUUAAGGUGGAGCUCCAAGUCUAUACACAGGUCUUGGGGAGAACUACUGCAAAUGUGAAAAAACGUUUAAAAUAAUGCUUUUUUGGGGCUUCAGGCGUCUGAUAAAUCGCCUUAAGUGAUGUCACCUGAGUCAGCAUUAGUUGGGUGUGAAAAGCGUCUUCAUUCAUUGAGGAUUUGUCUGUGGUUGUCAUGGCCACCCGAUAAUUUUCCACAUUUCUAUUUUCAUUUUGUACUCUCUGUGCCUGAUCUUAUAUUUAUCAAACCAUUUCCCUCAGGGUUUUGGUAGUUUCCAGAUUGUGGAGCCCAGGUGGGAUUCAAACCCAGGACCCUGUUGAUGGAAGACAGAGCUGAACAGUUAAAUUCACAAAUACCCUACAUGUCGCCAAAGAAGAGUGAGAGUGUUCAGUCCUCUUCCCUUUUUCCUUCAACCCAUCACAGAGGAAUAACAGCGUGUCUCCUGGCACACGUCAAAGACCCAAACAGGAACAACAUGCAGCUGAUGACGGAGCAUCUUUGGUCUGUUUGCGUGUUCGGCGUGGGCGGGUGGCACAGUGGGGGGGAUCAAACCUCUAACCUCCACAGUGCUGUGCCACAUUCACUGAUAAUCACUUUAACUCCGGUGCUUUGUUGACAAUGCCUCCACUUCCUCGUUGCUACAAAACCCAAUACGAAGAAAAAUGAUCUAUGAUCUAUCUAUCUAUCUAUCUAUCUAUCUAUCUAUCUAUCUAUCUAUCUAUCUAUCUAUCUAUCUAUCUAUCUAUCCAGCUAUCUAUCUAAAUGCCCCAAACAGAACACAAGGAUGAAGGUGCAGUCACAUUGUGUAGACAACCAUCUAUCUUACCUUAAACUCACUCACUUGCCUAAUUGAAUAGAUUCAGUACUUAGUACUUAGUGUUGUCCCUCACUUGUAAGUUGCUUUGGAUAAAUGAGUAAAUUUACUGUAACUUGUCUGAUCCUUAAAUACACCCAGGUGUUUCUCUCUGUGUAGGAGCAACACCUCAUUACAGUGACUUUAUCAUCCCUCGCUGACAGCGAGGAUGUUCUGCUGUACAAAGGUGCAGAGGACGAGAGAGUUCAACAUGACCUACUUUCAUGACUCGGUGAAUAUCAUGUGAGCUUCCUGCCUGCUUCAGGCUUGCAGCAUGGAUGACUGGCUGUAAGGGAUACAGCACUGUAACACAGAUAAGAGCUGCAGGAGAAGCUAAUUGGUCACACUUCCCUGGUCAAGAAGAGUGGAAGUCUCACUUCACCCAGAGGGAGAGAAAAGCAUAAUUCACUGUUAAAAGUGUGACAAUUUCUCUUCACGCAGCAUCAACACAGGAAGUCGUCCUCAGGGAUAACAGCAGAUUGUAACUGAAACAGUUUUUCUGAAGCCACUGAUUCAAAGCCAAUUAAACACCCCCCCCCCCCCCCCCCCCAAGACAGACUUGUUAAAUAAUUUACUCUUCCUAAUUGUCCCUUUUUGUUGUUUCUCUUUCUCUCUUUUUUUAAAGAAAUAUACAUGAACUGUAUCAUUGUUAUGUUAAUAUAAAUGUUAGUGUUAAAACCCAUGGAGAAAUACAUAAGAAAUAACUGCACCUUUGGCUUUCCACACUUUUCAAAUACCAAAGAGGCAGCACAAGUGUUCCUCACACAUUCCCUCAAAAGAAAUGUCACUGACACCAAUUUUGUCAUUAAGACACAACAAACGUCAUCCUAUCUCCCUGCAGUGUCCAGAGUGUCAGUAACAGCUGGGCCUUCUUUUCCCCCUCUGCUCCGUGGACCUGAGGUACACCUGAAGACUGGCUAUGAAGUCCAGGGAACGGCAUGACUUUUCUGUUUGAAGAUUUCAUGUGAAAAUCGGAAUGAAAGGCCAACAACAUAGACAAAAGGUUUCCUCAUACCAGAACACACGGACUGCUUGCCUCUGUCCCACACAGGUUUUUGUCCUAUCACGUUACCUAAUGAAUAAUGAACGAUGACAGGAGCCACCCCGUGAACUCGACGUGAAACUGAGAACUUCAUUCACCUUGUUGGCCAGCGUCCUGACUUCAAACCAGGAGCCCCAUCUCCUCUCAGAGCAUCAUCACGGUAACGCUGAAGUAAACUCUGAAAUGUCACUCAGAGCCAAAUCCCACACGGACCUGCAGACAGCCGGGAAGUCCUCGCUGGACCACAGCUUGUACAAGUCAUUCUCCAUGAGCAGCAGUAACGUCAGCAGAGGCGGCCGGUUCGGGAACGGGGCAACAGAAGAAGUCAAAGGUCUCUCCAGGCCGACCAGGAGGCCCGUACGGGUGGUCAGGCCGGUCAGCGCCAUCAACUCCAACGGCUCCUUCCUCCAGAUCAACCACCUGCAAGGAGAGCUGGUCAGAAAGAGGAAGGAAUGCGAGGAUCUGAGGAAAGAAAACAAGUUCUUAUCAAAUGAGAUCCACAUGGAGCGGAUCAUGAUGCGCACAGAGAAUGAGCUGACCAUGAGGAACCUCAGGAACCUGAACCAGGAGCUGCAGGCGCAAGUCAAAGAGCUGAAGCAGAAGUUGUAUCAGAGCCAGCAGAGAGCGACGCUGUGUUCCCGGGCUGCGGAUGACGCGGAGGAGUCCAGGGGGGAGUCGGAGAAGAUCAGGGCCCUGGCUGAGGCUCGGGCCCUCGGGUGUCAGCGGGACAGAGAGGCAGCUGAGGCUGACAGGAGCCGCCUGAGCGAGGAACUGCAGCGGCUUAAAAAAGAGCACACUGAUCUACAGCUUUUACUGGCGCAAACAGAGAAGAACUACUUUGAAACCAAGCUGAAGCUGGACCGGGUGUCGGGGGAGAAACAGGCCCUGCUGCAGGAGAACAGGAGCCUGGAGGGGGACAGAGACGACCUGCGACACAAGCUGAGACAAGUCACACAGGAAAAUGUCCAAAUUAAAGACAGUGAGAUGAGUUCGAGGCGCAGAGCGAUGGCUUCUGAGGAGGAGAGCAAAAAGGCAAACCAGGCUCAGCGGGAGGCCGAGGCUGAGCGGCGCCUGGCUGAGAAGGAGAGGCAGGAGAGAACGGCCGAGUGCCUCAGCUGGAGGGAGAAGCACCAGGAAAUAUCCGACAGGUUCAGAGCUCAGGAGGACCUGAAGGCUCUGAGGCAGAACAAAGCAUGUCAGGCCAACAUCAAGAGCUACUUCCUCUGCAUGACCGAGAGCGAUCAAAGGGUUAAAAUCCUUAAAAAUCCAGACGGCACCCCAAGAAAUUUUACGGAGGGAGAUCCUGUGUUCAUCUCCACCCCAGAGUCCAGUCCUGAGGAGCCUGAGAGGACCUCAUCCAGGACCAUGUUCAGGAUCUCUGCCCCGCACACGGGGAGGGAUCCGGGUCCGAGUCACUUCGAUGAGCUGCCCGCCGUCGGAGGGGACCGACCCGACUCUGCACCUCCACGCAGGAGCAGGCGGGUGGUGGAUUACUUCUGGAUCCCCACAGACCAGGAGUGACCCGUAAUUUCCGUAGACGACACUCCUACUCCUUCUUUCCCACGUGCUCUUCAGCAAGGCAUCGAGAGUUCAGGAGACCAGUCAGACUGGGGCAAUCGCAGAUGUGAAAGUGUGAAACAUUGAAGGCGUUGGAAUUUGUAAGAAAAAAAAACUGCAAAAUAAAAGUGAAAAAUACUUGGUGCUCAUGUACUGGACUUUAUUGACAUUAAAGCAAUAGGAGGUGCACAAUAAUUAUGAAUACCUUACAAUAUGAUCCAAAUCCAUUGCCUUAUACAUAAACAUGGCUUGUGAGCACGAUUCUUGGGUAAAACUUGAUCAUUUUUAGCUGUUAGACUUAAUGUAAUGAGAGAGGAGGGAGGGAGAAGGGGCUCAACUAAACUUGUCUAAAAAAGGUUUGCUUCUAUUUUGCCAAUUUAAGAAAAACAUUUAAAAAAAAAAUGCACUUGUUUCAUUUUCCAUAUCGAGCAUUUCAAAUAAAAACAGUCACUCCAAAUUGCAGGGGGGGAGGUGAACGACUGAAAGCCUUUUAACAGGAACAUCAAAUUCAUAAAAACAAGCUUUUUUUUCCUUUGCGUUCUUAAAUAUUAAUACUUGUAAACCAUGUGAAGCGUCAUAGGAAAGUCUGCUUCAAUAAAUUUAUUGUGCAAUUAGGCCAGGACUAAAUCAAAUACUUCAGCAUUUGCUUGGACUCUAGGUUCUUCUUAGAUUUCAUUAUCCCAGCACAAAAAAAACAAAACAAAAACAAAAGCCCAUCUAACUAAGAGGUAGAAACACAGGCAACUUUGAAACGUUACGGCGGCACACCAAUGAUUACAGUUUUUUAAAAUAUCGUAACAUUUGGAGGAUAAGUAUUGCAACCACUCAAGUAAUAAAAGACAACAAAUAGGGACAGAUAAAGGAGGAGGGGGGGGCAAUCACAAAAAAGGAAGAUGCUCAUCAGUGACUAUGAAGAGCACUUUUAUUUAAAAAAAAAAAAAAAAAAGAA